GAGGCUGACAAGAACGCUCAGGAGCUGAUGGAAGAGGAGGAGCGGGCCAAGAGAAAGGCAGAGAAGAAGAAGGUGAAGAAGAAGAAACAAAAAGACCGAAAGAAACGGGAGAAACUGGGUCAAGAGCAGAAGAACAAAGAGAGCACUGACCCAAGCCCCCCAAGUGGCCCUGCAGGCGCUGGGCCUCCCUCAGAGGGUGCUGAGGACAAGGGGUGCUGCCCAGAGCCUUCCCCGUGCCCUGGGGACUCCACUGUGCCCUCAGAGGAGUCUGGCCCAGAGGACACAGCAGUGGCAGAGGAGGAGCUGGACCUGAGCUGCACUUUUGUCUGCAAAGCCCGGGAGAAGGCAGGGGUCAGGCUGCCCCCCCCGGGCACUGACCGCUCCCCUGGGCCACAGAAUGUGGUGGAACCAAGCAGGAAGGUGCCAGAGAAGGGAAGUGGGGACCCUGUGGGGACACCUGUGUCCCCUCAGCCCCCCCAGGCCAGCCCACCCAGCCCCAGCAUGCUGGCGCAGAGCCUGGCGCUUGCAGGCCACGGCAUCGAGGCAGCCCAGAUGGGCCAACACUCUGAGGCCGUGUGGGCUUUCACCAUGGCCCUGGAGCUGAACCCCCGGGAGCACCG